AACUCCACAGGAAAUUUGGAAACAGAAGAAGCUUAUCCCUUCUCUGAUUGGGUAAAUCACAAACACUACAUUUCCAUCUUUCCCUGUAAUUUUUUAGAGCUUUAAUCCAAACAAAAUUCAAAAGGAAAAGACGUCCACUUUCCCAGUUACUGCCAAAACUCGCGCAAAAUUCCAGGCCAACUAAACGCCACCAUUCUCUCUUCACUAGAUACCCAGCUGUAGCUUCAUUUACUUGAACAUACCUUGCAUCGCUAUCAAACCCAAAGAGGAAAACUUUAGGAAUUUGCGAUGGGGGCUAUAAAGGCGGCUAUUGGUGAUGCAGUGCUGACUUUUAUGUGGGUCUUCUGCUCGUCAAUGUUUGGUUUGUUUACCAGCCUCAUAGCCACCGCUCUCGGCGUUCAGCACCUGUUCUGGGCAUCUAUGUUUAUCACUACCGUUCUAUUUUUUAUCUUUUUUUUCUUGUUUGGUUUGAUCGCUGAGUUCUUUGGUGGAGCUAGUUUUAAUCCCACUGGUACUGCUUCUUUCUAUGCUGCUGGCUUUGGUGGGGAUAAUCUCUUUUCCAUGGCUCUCAGAUUCCCUGCUCAGGCAGCAGGUGCCGUGGGUGGUGCAUUGGCGAUUUUGGAGGUGAUGCCACCACAGUAUAAGCACAUGCUUGGAGGCCCUACUUUGAAAGUUGACUUGCAUACAGGAGCCAUUGCCGAGGGGUUGUUGACAUUUUUAAUUAGCUUUGCUGUUCUUAUAAUUUUCCUUAGGGGCCCUUGUAACUCGAUAGUGCAAAAUUGGUUGCUUGCUGUUGUGACUGUAACAUUGGUUGUUACAGGUUCCAAAUACACUGGGCCUUCCAUGAAUCCUGCUAAUGCUUUUGGGUGGGCAUAUGUAAACAAAUGGCAUGAUACAUGGGAACAAUUCUACGUUUAUUGGAUUUGCCCCUUCAUAGGAGCAAUAUUGGCUGCUUGGGUCUUUCGCCUGGUCUUCCCCCCACCAGCACCAAAACAGAAGGAAGCCUGAAAAUGUACGGUUAGCUCAUUUUAAUUACAUAAUAGAGAAGUUAGGUGUCAAGUGUAAUGAAAUAUUUUACUCUUCCCUUUGACUCUUAAUGUUUGGAUCAUCUUCAGUUAAGUUGCUUGUACUGAUGGCAAUUGGCAAAUCUUUCCCAUCUUUCUCCCCUCUCA